ACCCACCCCGCAACAACCUUCUCCCGGUCUCGGUCUCGUUCUCUGCUCUUUUCCUCAUCUGCGGCCUGCGGGGUGACCCCUCUCUCGCCUCGACCUCCCUUCCCCUCUUCUCGCCUUGUGCCUGUGCUCGCCACACGCGACGAAACCGCCCCCCACCCAGCCGGAGCCGACCCGCCACAGGAACAGGAAGAUCUCCGUCGCCUGCUCCUCGCUUCGCUUCGAAUUGGAGGUUGUGUUGCCGGUGGUUUCCAUAUGGACUCUUUUCAAAGAGCUCUCAAUGAACCAACGUGCUUGGAAGAAACUGUCCAGCAAGGGAUUGAAAGAUGCCCAUUCCUGAGGAACAUCAACGAGCCUACAAGCUUUUCCUUCUCGUCUGUCAACUUUCCUAUUCUUGCAAGAGGAGCCAAGGGACCAAUUUUUGAAGAUGGACCUAAUUUUGACACAGCGUUUCGAGUUUUCCAUGGUAGAGAUGGGGUUGUCCCACUUUCAGAAGGAUCAUUUCCACAGAUUGAGAAGCCAUUGCCCAAGCCUAAUCCUGAGUUCAACCCCUUGGCGGCCAAAGCAGCAACCAUUAGCCUAUCGGCAUUUGGAGGCUUCUUCAGCUUUGGUGACUUCUCAAACAAGCGCAAUAAGAAAAAUUUCAACAAAAAGAACCCCAACAACCUCCCCCAGAAUAAAGGCCAGUCUAACAAUCAUGAAGCAGUGAGCAACGAGUGGCUGGAAAAUGGCCAGUGUCCACUUGCAAAGUCAUAUAGAGCAUUAAGUGGCAUUGUACCUCUUGUGGCAAAGAUGAUGACGCCCCCAGCUGGUAUGAAACUGAAGUGCCCGCCUGCGGUGGUUGCUGCCCGAGCAGCAAUAUCCCGCACAGCCUUUGCAAAGGGGCUUCGCCCUCAGCCCCUGCCAACAAAAGUACUGGUGAUCGCACUGCUUGGUAUGGCAGCAAAUGUUCCUCUCGGCAUCUGGAGAGAGCACACGCAGAAGUUUUCAGUGCAGUGGUUUGCUGCGGUACAUGCCGCCGUGCCUUUCAUAGGGAUGCUCAGGAAAUCUGUGCUGAUGCCAAAGUCUGCCAUGGCCCUUACUAUAGCUGCCUCAAUAUUGGGUCAGACAAUCGGGUCAAGAGCUGAACGUAUCAGAUUGAAGAGGGUGGCUGCGGCAAAAUCAGCAGGAGAGGGCGAUGAUACUGCUGACUGCGUCAAAGCACCGAUGAGUCUCAAGACCGGAAACCGCAGUGUCGUUCAGUUCUGGGAUCCGCUUGCCCUCAGAGUAGAGAGCACCGUGAGCGCAGGUUCCCCAUCAGUUCUUGUCCCUGCCGUUGCUGCCUUCAAUUGAUGGACUGGGUUGGCUUCAUUUCGAUCAUAUCAGCAUUGCUGAUUGUUGUAUCCUUUUUCGAUGAUUGUAUUCAUUACUGUAUCAUGAGUUUACGAAAGAGUUACUGGUUACGUCAAAUUCUUCACUCCAUUUUGGAGGGCAUAUUGCAGUGAAUAAUUUUGAGAACAUUUUCAGAGCUGAGAACCGUUUGCUCUCCUUGAAA